CCCUUCCCUCCGUGCUGAUUGGUAGACCGCUUUCGCCGAAGCAGGCGAGGCUAUUUAAAGGCACCUUUUUUGCCGCCACUCCGCCCUGUCUGCUUCUUCACCACCCUUGUGCUCAAGUCUCUUUCUGCCAUCUAUAGAUAUAGAAAUCUCCAGAAUGUCUGACAAGCUGCCUUACAAAGUUGCUGACAUCAGUCUUGCAGAAUGGGGCCGGAAAGCCCUGGAGAUUGCCGAGAAUGAGAUGCCAGGGUUGAUGAAGAUGCGGGAAAUGUACUCUGCAACAAAGCCUCUGAAAGGGGCUCGUAUUGCUGGGUGCCUACACAUGACCGUGCAGACAGCAGUUCUCAUUGAAACUCUUUUGGCCCUGGGAGCUGAGGUGCAGUGGUCCAGUUGCAAUAUUUUCUCCACUCAAGAUCAUGCUGCUGCAGCUAUUGCUAAAACAGGAGUUCCCGUGUUUGCAUGGAAGGGUGAAACAGAUGAGGAAUACAUAUGGUGUAUUGAGCAGACCUUGUAUUUCAAGGAUGGGCAGCCUCUGAAUAUGAUUCUUGAUGAUGGUGGAGACCUCACCAACUUGGUCCAUACCAAAUAUCCCCAGCUCUUGAAAGGAAUCAGAGGAUUAUCAGAGGAAACAACCACAGGAGUCCAUAAUCUCUAUAAAAUGCAAACCAAUGGAACCCUGAAAUUGCCAGCUAUCAACGUUAAUGACUCUGUCACCAAGAGUAAAUUUGACAAUCUCUAUGGCUGCCGGGAAUCCCUCAUUGAUGGAAUUAAACGUGCCACGGACGUCAUGAUUGCAGGGAAAGUGGCUGUUGUGGCAGGCUAUGGUGACGUUGGCAAAGGCUGUGCUCAAGCUUUAAGAAACUUUGGGGCUAGAGUCAUAAUCACAGAAAUUGAUCCAAUCAAUGCCUUGCAAGCAGCCAUGGAAGGUUAUGAAGUUACAACAAUGGAAGAGGCCUGCAAAGAAGGCAACAUAUUUGUUACCACCACUGGAUGCUCUGAUAUUGUUCAGGGCAGGCAUUUUGAGCAGAUGAAAGAUGACUCCAUUGUCUGCAACAUUGGGCACUUUGAUGUGGAAAUUGAUGUGAAAUGGCUGAGUGAAAAUGCUGUGGAGACGGUGAACAUUAAACCUCAGGUGGACCGUUACACACUGAAAAAUGGCCGCCACAUCAUACUUCUUGCAGAAGGCAGACUGGUGAACUUGGGCUGUGCGAUGGGUCAUGCCAGUUUUGUCAUGAGCAAUUCUUUUACCAAUCAGGUGUUGGCACAAAUAGAACUUUGGGCAAAUCCUGGCAAAUAUGCAGUAGGUGUUCAUAUUCUGCCAAAGAAGCUGGAUGAAGCUGUGGCUGCUGCUCAUCUGGAUAAACUCUGUGUGAAGCUAACAAAGCUAAGCGAUAAACAGGCCAAGUACCUGGGACUUCCCAAAGAUGGUCCCUUCAAACCAGAUCAUUACAGGUACUGAGCAGCUGAUCACGCCCAAAGAUCUUCGGACACAAGGAUAGAAACCCUCCCAAAGUGCUUGUUUCCCUGCUGGGAUCUGGUGAUCAUCUCCACUCCAUCUUCAUACAUAUUGAAUAGCCCAUUACUGGUCUCAUGUGCUUCUCACUCUCUCUUUUUUUGUCUUUUGCAAACUCUCACCCCACUAUACCUCUUUCCAAAUACAUUUCUAAAUGUUUUUCUAGUACCUUUCUGGUCAUCUGGCAAGUGCUUCAGUUGAGUCAGUAUUGUGCUGGAGAGUCAAAAAGAAUAUUGUGUGUUCUAGUCUCGCCUUUGGAUCUCUGCUGAGAAACCAGCAUUACUUCAUACAAUAUUUUUUUCUUGAGCCACUGGAGAGAAUACGUUCACUUCACAGUAUAGCUGCAUUGUGAAUUCUUUGUUUUGCCUUUUAAACUGGAAUUCAUCUGGAGAUAUUCUGAAAUUAAAGGAUUUGCUUGAAAAUAGUCAUUGGAUUUCAGAUACUGAUCUGUAUCUACUUUUUUGUCUGCGUAAUUUGAUCUACUUUGGAUACAGUCUCCUCAGUUAAAAAUGGACUCGUGAAGGCAACUUCUUUCACAUGUAACCAUUUUUUUUCAUGAAAGUUUGGAGCUACUGAAUGGAGAGCACCAAAGUCUCCAAAGACGCCAGCAGUGGAUGCUUGCCAUGGCUUAAUUUUUGUACCUUGUGUCUGUCAAUACUGUCUUUAAAAUGUACAUACAUAUUAAAAAUCUGCAACAGUU